GUGCACUUGGGCGAGAGCUGUAGCAGAGAGAGGAGCUGAGAGUCUAGCGCAGCCACCGCGAUGAGAGGCGCUCGCGGCGCCUGGGAUCUUCUCUGCGUCCUGGUGGUCCUGCUCCGUGGCCAGACAGGAACUUCUCAGCCAUCUGCGAGUCCAGGGGAGCCAUCUCCACCAUCCAUCCAGCCAGCGCAAUCAGAGUUAAUAGUUGAGGCUGGCGACACCCUCAGGCUGACAUGCGUUGAUCCCGCCUUUGUCAAAUGGACUUUCGAGAUCUUCGAUGAAGUGAUUGAGAGUAAACACAAUGAAUGGGUUCAGGAAAAAGCCGAGGCCACUCAAACAGGCAAAUACACAUGCAUCAACAGCAGUGGCCUCAGGAGAUCCAUUUACGUGUUUGUUAGAGAUCCUGCUGUACUUUUCCUGGUUGGCCUUCCCUUGUUUGGCAAAGAAGACAGCGACGCGCUGGUCCGCUGCCCUCUGACAGACCCACAGGUGUCCAGUUAUUCCCUCAUUGAGUGUGAUGGGAAAUCUCUCCCUACGGACCUGACAUUUGUCCCAAACCCCAAGGCUGGCAUCACCAUCAAAAACGUGAAGCGAGCCUACCAUAAGCUGUGUGUCCGGUGUGUUGCCCAGCGUGAGGGUGUAUGGAUUCGGUCUGAGAAGUUCACCCUCAAAGUGAGGGCAGCCAUCAAGGCUAUCCCAGUUGUGUCUGUGCCCCAAAGAAGCCAUCUCCUUAAAGAAGGGGACACAUUUACGGUGAUAUGCACCAUAAAAGAUGUGUCUACUUCUGUGAGCUCCAUGUGGAUAAAGAUGACCCCUCAGCCUCAGAUCCAAGCCCAGGUAAAGCACAAUAGCUGGCAUGUGGGUGACUUCAAUUACGAACGCCAAGAGACUCUGACUAUCAGCUCGGCAAGGGUUAACGAUUCUGGAGUGUUCAUGUGUUAUGCCAAUAAUACUUUUGGAUCAGCAAAUGUCACAACAACCUUGAAAGUAGUAGAAAAAGGAUUCAUCAACAUCCUCCCUGUGAAGAACACUACGGUAUUCGUAACCGAAGGAGAGAAUGUAGAUCUGGUUGUUGAAUACGAGGCCUACCCCAAACCCAAGCACCAGCAGUGGAGAUAUAUGAACAGGACCUCCACCAACAAAGGGGAGGAUUUCGUCAAACCCGAUAACAAAAGUAACAUCAGAUAUGUGAACAAGCUUCACCUGACCAGACUGAAAGGCACAGAAGGAGGCACUUACACCUUUCUGGUGUCCAACUCUGAUGCCAGUGCUUCCGUGACAUUUAAUGUUUAUGUGAACACAAAACCAGUAAUCCUGACAUAUGACAGGCUCAUGAAUGGCAUGCUCCAGUGUGUGGCAGAGGGAUUCCCGGAGCCCACGAUAGAUUGGUAUUUUUGUACAGGGGCAGAGCAAAGGUGUACCGUUCCUGUCCCACCAGUGGAUGUACAGAUCCAGAAUGUAUCUGUGUUGCCAUUUGGAAAGCUGGCGGUCCAGAGUUCCAUAGACUCCAGUGUCUUCCGGCACAAUGGCACAGUGGAGUGUAAGGCCUCCAAUGGUGUGGGCAAGAGUUCCGCCUUCUUUAACUUUGCAUUUAAAGAGCAAAUCCAGGCCCACACCCUGUUCACACCGCUGCUCAUUGGCUUUGUGGUCGCAGCUGGCGUAAUGGGGGUCAUUGUGAUGGUUCUCGCCUACAAAUAUUUGCAGAAACCCAUGUAUGAAGUACAAUGGAAGGUUGUCGAGGAGAUAAAUGGAAACAAUUAUGUUUACAUAGACCCGACACAACUUCCUUAUGAUCACAAAUGGGAGUUUCCCAGAAACAGGCUGAGUUUUGGAAAGACGUUGGGCGCUGGUGCCUUCGGGAAGGUCGUUGAGGCCACUGCAUAUGGCUUGAUUAAGUCGGAUGCUGCCAUGACGGUUGCCGUGAAGAUGCUCAAACCAAGCGCCCAUCUCACGGAAAGGGAGGCCCUGAUGUCAGAACUGAAGGUCCUGAGCUACCUGGGCAAUCACAUGAAUAUUGUGAACCUCCUCGGAGCAUGCACCGUGGGCGGGCCCACCCUGGUCAUUACAGAAUAUUGUUGCUAUGGUGAUCUUUUGAAUUUUUUGAGAAGAAAACGCGAUUCUUUUAUUUUCUCAAAGCAAGAAGAGCAGGCAGAAACGGCACUUUAUAAGAACCUUCUACAUGCAAAGGAGUCUUCCUGUGACAGUUCAAAUGAGUAUAUGGACAUGAAACCUGGUGUUUCCUAUGUCGUGCCAACCAAGACAGACAAAAGGAGAUCCACAAGAGUAGACUCGUAUAUAGAGAGAGACGUGACUCCUGCCAUCAUGGAAGAUGACGAGCUGGCUUUGGACCUGGAAGAUUUGCUGAGCUUCUCCUACCAGGUGGCCAAGGGCAUGGCGUUCCUCGCCUCCAAGAACUGUAUUCACAGAGAUUUGGCAGCCAGGAAUAUCCUCCUCACUCACGGGCGGAUCACCAAGAUUUGUGAUUUUGGUCUAGCCAGGGACAUCAGGAAUGAUUCGAAUUACGUGGUGAAAGGGAAUGCACGACUGCCCGUGAAGUGGAUGGCACCGGAAAGCAUUUUCAACUGCGUGUACACAUUUGAAAGUGAUGUCUGGUCCUAUGGGAUUUUCCUCUGGGAACUAUUCUCUUUAGGAAGCAGCCCCUACCCAGGGAUGCCGGUCGAUUCCAAGUUUUACAAGAUGAUCAAGGAAGGCUUCCGGAUGCUCAGUCCAGAGCACGCACCUGCCGAAAUGUAUGAUGUCAUGAAGACUUGCUGGGAUGCUGAUCCCCUGAAAAGGCCGACAUUCAAGCAGGUUGUUCAGCUCAUUGAGAAGCAGAUCUCAGACAGCACGAAGCAUAUUUACUCCAACUUAGCAAACUGCAACCUCAACCCAGAGAACCCUGUGGUGGUGGACCACUCUGUGAGGGUCAACUCCGUCGGCAGCAGCGCCUCUUCCACGCAGCCUCUGCUCGUGCACGAAGAUGCCUGAGCAGAGACCAAGUCCAACAGGCUUUGCUGCUGUCUCCAACCCUAUUCUUCUGGUUUCUAUGAUGGUUAUUUGGUUUUCAUUUGACUUGCAUCCUACUCCAGGGUAGUGGGUCCCCCACCCCCACCCCCACCCCCACUGUGAUUCUGCCUUUAUGAGCACACUUUAGUGGCCGAUGACAUUUGCUUCUUGCCAUCAGCCACCGUCCCACUUCCAAGGUCCGAACUGUAUGUAUAUAUUUUCCCAAUAGCAAAGUAGCUCUUACUGUAAACAGGAGGACUCCUGCUUUAGAGGAGGAAGGGUGGGGUGAAAUGGGAUGCCCAGAGUUCUUCACGGUGCUCCUCUUGAGUGUGUUUGAAAAGUAUGGCCAGUAGUUAAUUUUGGAGAAUAGAAGUAGUCCCAUUUGGCCCAGGGAGCCUUUCCAUAAUGAUGGGGAGAUGUAUGUAGCAAGACUAGAAAGGGAAACCCAAGCCCUUUGUGCGGAAAGUAGACCAUUAUUAGAACAGAGGACACGUGAGAACAUCUGGGCUUAAGAAGUCUGAUCACGCUGAGAAGACCUAGGCUGUGAAGGAACGAGCCCUGGAAGUGUGAACAAAGAUGCUCUACUCUGGGCUGCUGCACGGGCUUUUGUACAACUGACCUGGUUUUUAAAUAGUUUGCUGUCAGGGAGUAGAAUUGGAGACAAGGCUUCCUCCCUAGCCAGCAUUUGUAUAUACUCACCUAUACGUUGUAUGCAUUCAUACUUCAGAGCGGGAGGAUUCCCCACACGCUUCAGUUUCUGUGUACAACCUUGCCAUUAGGUCUGCUGUGUGUAAGAAUAGAUUAAGAGCCAUACAAAUUUGAAGUUAACAGUUAAUGGGUUUUUUUUUUAGUUGUCUUUUUUUUUUUUUUUUUUUUUUUUUUUAAAUAAAAGUAUAAAUGCUAAGCACAAUCUUUGGGAGACCUCUUAGCCGACAUACUUGCUCUGUAGAUACUCCAGGCAGAACGAGCCUUCCAUGUCAGAGUGGCUCUGCAGGCAGGAGAACUGAGGCUGUUUGAAAAGGUCACCAUCUUACCCAGGAUUCCCACAGGAUCGAGAAAACAGUACGGUCCUGGUUUGGAUCCUCACAUAGCAGGAAGUGAAAGACAGACUCAGCCUUUUAUAGGCACGUCCCGGGCAUCGGGCCAGUCAGUAUCUAUAUAAUCGUGUAUGUGUGUACAUGCGUGUGUGCAUGCGUGUGGAUGAGUUAUGUCGGGGAACUUCUUGCCCUGAAUCUCUGAGGGUCCUUCUCCAGGACCCAAGAUGUUAAACAGCUUCCAUCACAGCUCCUGUCUCUCUCCGUUUUCCUGCAUGUCACUCGAUGUCUAGAAGAGUUUACCCAAAGCCACCACAGAGGCUUGGCGGAGUGGAGUGCCGAAGGAUCUAUUUAUUUGAACCCUCCUGCACUUAACCACACUCUUAUCUAUACUCAACAUACUGUACCCAUUCCUUAGACCUUAUGUAAUGCUGCCAUUCCAGGAAAGCAUUUAAUGUGUACCCUGUAGACUGUGCCCCGGAGGUUACCUUGAGGUUGCCCUCCCCCGCAUUGCCCGUGAUCACUGUGUGUACAUGGUCAUGUGUUGUCCUACAGGAUUCAGGUAUGUUGCCUUCACGGUUUUCCCCACCCCCUCCUGCCCUUUAUCCUUUAGGCCACACUUAGAGAUGUGUGGCCAUUAACCUGGAAGUGAUUGUUUGCACUGGAGUGCUACACUCCUGCACCUUUCCAAAGUUAGCUGGUUUGGAGGUCGUGUCGUCACGUACGAGACUGUCACCGUUUACCGUGCUCUGUCUGAAACAUUUCUUUGUAUUCCUAUUGGCUUCAAUUAGAGUAAGGCGAGUAGCUGUUAGUUACGGAUGUCAGGUACUUCAGGGGCACGCCAUUGAGAAUUUUGUCUUGGAUAUUCUUGAAAGUUUAUAUUUUUAUAAUUUUUUUUUACAUCAGAUGUCAGAUGUUUCUUUCAGUUGCUUGAUGUUUGGAAUUAUUAUGUGGCUUUUUUUGUAAAUAUUGAAAUGUAGCAAUAAUGUCUUUUGAAUAUUCCUGAGCCCCGUGAGUCCCUGAAAAUAUUUUUUAUAUAUACAGUAACUUUAUGUGUAAAUAAUAAGCUGUGCAGGUUUAAACACGUCAUGUUCCAUGUGGGUUUUUUCUGAUAUGUUGUCCAACUGUUGACAGUUCUGAAGAAUUCUAAUAAAAAUGUAAAUAUAUAAAUCAAA